AUGCCUCUCGCAAGCCAUGUCAACCCGGAGGAGAUCGUCCAAAGACUCCAAGCAACUCACAUCACCCCUCCCGGGCACGCGAACAUGCGCAGCCAUGCCACCUCUGCCCAUAUCCACCCUUUCGACUCUCGCUACACGUCCCAGAUGAACAUUCCCAAGUACAAGAUACCAGAAGAAGGAGCUCCAGGAGAUACCGUCUUUCAGAUGAUCAGGGACGAGCUUGACCUUGACGGCAAGCCGAAUCUCAAUCUUGCCAGCUUCGUGGGCACCUUCAUGGAACCUAACGCAACGCAAUUGAUGCAAGAGAACCUCGCCAAGAACCUUUCCGACGCCGACGAAUAUCCUGCCAUGAUGGACAUGCACCAGCGCUGCAUCUCCAUUAUCUCCCACCUCUGGGGCGUACAACCCGGCGAGAAGGCCCUCGGGUCAGCCACCACAGGCUCCUCCGAGGCCAUCCACCUCGGCGGUCUCGCCAUGAAGCGCAGAUGGCAGCAGCGCAGGAAGGAGCAGGGAAAGGACGCAUCCAAGCCCAACAUCCUCAUGGGCGCCAACGCGCAGGUCGCCCUCGAGAAGUUUGCGCGCUACUUUGACGUCGAGGCCCGCAUUCUGCCCGUGAGCAAGAAGAGCCACUACUGCCUUGACGCGGACCUGGUGAGGGAGAACAUUGACGAGAACACCAUCGGCGUGUUCGUCAUUCUAGGCAGCACAUACACCGGCCACUACGAGCCCGUCGAGGAGAUUUCCAAGAUUCUUGACAAGUACCAGGAGGAGACAGGCAUCGACAUCCCCAUCCAUGUUGACGCUGCGUCUGGCGGCUUCAUCGCCCCAUUCACCCACGCCGGGGCUGGUGGGGGCGCAAAGUGGAACUUCGAACUUCCCCGCGUGAAGUCGAUCAACACCUCCGGUCACAAGUUCGGCCUCGUGUACGCCGGUCUCGGCUGGAUCAUCUGGCGCGACGAGUCGUACCUCCCGGAAGACCUCGUCUUCGAGCUGCACUACCUUGGCGGCACCGAAAAGUCCUUCACCCUCAACUUCUCCCGUCCUGGUGCGCAGGUCAUCGUGCAGUACUACAACCUCAUCCACCUCGGCUUCGAGGGUUACCGCUGCAUUAUGGAGAACUGCCUCUCCAACUCGCGCCUGCUCGCUGACAGCCUCGAGGCGACAGGGUGGUACACCGUUGUCUCUGACAUUCACCGCCCAGCGCCAGGGAAGGCCACGAAGGGUGCCGUAAAGUCGGCUGUCAACCAGGCUUCUGCUGCCGUUGGUGGCGGAGAGAUUGCACCCGAAGAGACAUCGGCUGACUACGUUGCGGGUUUGCCUGUGGUCUCGUUCCGCUUGACAGAUGAGUUCAAGAAGGAUUACCCGCGUAUCAAGCAGGAGACGAUAUCGCUUAUGCUCCGCGCCAGGGGCUGGAUCAUUCCCAACUACCCACUACCGCCUAACGAGGAAAAGAUUGAGAUUCUGCGAGUGGUCGUGCGCGAGAGCAUGACGUUUGACUUGCUUGAGCGUUUGCUGACGGAUAUCUCUGCCGUCACGGAGACAUUGAUGGAGAAUGACGAGAUUGACCUGCAGGUCUUGAAGAAGCACCACGGACGCAGGAAGGUGCGUGUCAAGAGUGAUGAGGAACAUGAAAAGAAGCACGGAGUCAAGCAAGAAGUCAAGAACAUGAAGGAUGGUAUUCACCGCGCGGUUUGCUAA